UUAUUUCAUUCUGUUGGACUGACAUGGGGACUUCUGUUCCAGCACUGCUAUAUAGCGCCUUUGGCGUGGUCAUAGAGAAAACGCGAGGCGCUGAGGAUGAUCUGAACACAGUGGCUGCUGGAACCAUGACAGGAAUGCUGUAUAAAAGCACAGGUGGACUACGUGGGAUAGCAAGGGGCGGCAUUGCGGGACUGACGCUCACCAGCCUCUACGCUCUCUAUAACAACUGGGAGCACAUGAAGGGUUCCUUGCAGAGGCAGUCCCUCUGAUCAGAGCUGAGAACAGACCACCCUCCUGUACAGUGCAGUGAGACCCAUGGCCCUUCCAUAUGGCAUGGCGUGGAACAGACCCAAGACUGCAGGGUCCCACUGUGGCCACCCCGGUUAUCACCGCUAGCUCGUCCUUUGAGCUGACAGACUGCAACACUUGCCCGUGAAGAAGGAACGUCGCUGUCAGUUUCAAGAACUUGUCUCCGCAGCAUGUUCACUUUUGUUUGGACCGAAGUUACUGCAUUAACUUGGGUCACAUAUAACCAUCCAUUCGGCAGUAUCAGGUUUCUGUAUGCUAGUAUCAUUGCUGUAUUUGAAUAAAGUGUGUGACCUUGAAGAUA